UUUCAACACAGAAUUAUUGAUGUGGGCUUGGUCAGCGUGCUAACUAUCAUAUUUCGAGACUGACAGUUCACUGAUUUAUGUAAACUUUGUCGCAAUGAUGUUUUCGGUUACUGAUAAACGUGGAGAAGUGAUGUCAGUUUCAGUACGUGAUGUUCCGAAUGAAUGGUUUCUCACUGCCACUCUUCCUCUUGGCACGCAAUUUACAAUACCAUCGGAGUUCCCAAGAUUACUGCAUUUGCAACAGCCUGCGAGUCGAAAUAAUCUAUUAGUAAACUGGACUAGUGUGUUAGUUUAAAACCAAAUUACUACAGGAGCUUGUGAGAAAAACGAAUUACUGAACAAAGGAGGUUACUGCGACGUCGCUGCUUUGAAUUUCAGUACUUGAAGCGGGAAUGAAAUGGCCGAAUACUCUGAGUAUAUUUGCAGAACAAAUACCUUUAGUAGUCCGGCGUACCUUGGUUGUGAGGAUCAGUCAAGGCAGCCAUGUGGUAAAGGGGCAAUAAAUGCUGUACGACAAUUGAUUCUUAAAAGCCCAACCAUAGGUAGUACUCGCACAGACGAUGAAUUUCUUUUACGUUUCCUUCGUGCACGGAAAUGUAAUGUACCAGAUGCCUUUGAGCUUCUGUGCAAUUAUUGCAGCUAUAGACAACAAAACAGCAGCUUAUUUGAGAAAUUUGGACCUGCAGACACAGCUCUCCAGCAGGCUCUCCGUGAUGGGUUUCCUGGAGUAUUACCUCAAAGAGACAGGAGAGGAAGAAGAGUUCUUGUGAUUUUUGCUGCUAAUUGGGAUCCUUCUUCAUAUGAUUUGCUUACAAUAUAUAAAGCCAUUCUUUACUCUCUGGAAAAACUUAUUGAAUUGCCACGAAAUCAAGUAAGUGGCUUUAUCUUCAUUGUCGACUGGAGUGGAUUUGCAUUCAGUCAGUCAUCCAAGCUGAAUCCUCGUGUUUUAAAGCUAAUGAUAAAUGGCUUACAAGACUGCUUCCCAGCAAGAUUCAAAGGGGUUCAUUUUAUAAACCAGCCAUGGUAUGUCGAGGCCGCACUGACAGUUAUCCGUCCAUUUCUGAAAGAAAAGACAAGAGAAAAAAUAUAUCUACACGGCAACAAUAUGAGUACACUACACGAGUGUAUAGCACGAGAUGUACUGCCAGCAGAGCUUGGAGGAGAAGGACCCUCGUAUAAUCAGCUCUCGUGGGCAGACAAAGUUUUGGAGGCUGAGGACAGCAAGACAGAUAAUAAUACAGUUCAGCUGACUCCUCCCUUCAAAAGGAAGGAGAAUUCUCGGUAGUUGGUGCCAGAGGAUUUGUCAGUAAAGCUUGCCAACAUUCCACAAGUGUGUGUGAUUUUUAUUAGUUGGUGGAGAUGACAAUUUUGGCUUGUAUUAUGAUGUUAUGGAGUGAUCUCACUUUAUUAAAAAUGUUGGUAUUUCAGUAUUACAACUAGUCUUAAUAAGUGUGUAUGUGGAUUUGUGAUACUGUUCGCACAAAUGAGCAACUUGUACAAAUUGUAUUUUUUUUAUAUUUAUAAGAAAACAUAUUUUUCAUAAAAGCAUACUGUUUUUAAAAAUGUGUUUUGGAAAAAUUGUAUGAUAAAUAUGUGAGUUUGUUUUGCAUAAAAUGUUAAGGCAAGGACAGUUUCAGUAUUCAGUACACUAAAGAGCAGCUAUCAUAUAUUUUAAAUUAGUGUUUCCUCAGUUGUGUGUCUAGUUGAUCAGAUGUAUUUUGUGAAUAAAUUUUAACUGUUUAAAAGGUUGUUGACAGUGAGUUUCAUACUUUGACAAAAACUGUGCUAGACUUCAAGGAUUGCAAUAUUUUAGAUAUGAUUUAGGGUUUCUAGAGUUGUAUGAUUUAAAUUAUGGUAUUAAUGAAAAAUAUUAUAAAGACUUGAAAAAUCCAUGACUAAGGAUGGGGUUGUGGGACAAAUGUGGGAUUAUCUCUCGUUACCAUUUUUCAUUGGGAGGCUGAGGUCAAGGACCAGACAGUAGUAGUUGAUCUUAAUGGUAUCAGAGGGGAUUUGGUUGUUAAAGAGAUAUGACAGAGAAGAAAAAAACUAAAUAUGUUAUGUAUGAAAAUACAGAAAACAAACAGCCUGUUUUGCUAAUCAACCAAAAAAUGGUUAUGUGGCAGUCCAUUGUCUGCCAGCCCAACAAGGUUGUAUAUAAUUUCUGUAAAUUGUAUAUGAAUUCCAUCGAAUUUAUAUGAUUGUCACCAAUAUUCAUGUUUCUACACAGAACUUAGUAAGGUAUUUGUAAAAUCCUUCGCUUGAAUAUUUUGGACCUGUGAACAUUGCAAUUAGUACUAAAAUGGACUAUCUUUAAAAAAUUUUCUUUGAUGUUGUAUCUUUGUAUAGAGAUUCUCUGAAGUCUUAUCUUUGUAUACAGACACUUUUGCUAUUGUAGAUAGGUUUCUUUUAGUGUUUUAUGUCAAGUUGUGUGCUUCAAAUUUUUUUUAUUGUUUAUAAGAGUGAUGCUUUAAUUACACUGUUGUUUGUAUCACUUACACCUAUUAAAUGACAAAGUAACCUAAAUAAUCUUGCCUGGUUUGAUGACUGUUCUUUUUUUUGGGGGGAGGGGGGGGGGGGCACUGAUGCCAUUUGCUUGUGACUGGUUAUACUCAAUGCUGUAUCGCAUUAAAUUUACUUAAAUAUUUUGAAAAAAAAAAAAAAAACUGACCUUCACUUAAAUUUUUAUCAUUCUUUCAUUCUAACCUUAAGCACUUGUAAAUGUUUUUAAAUUGUUGCCUUUUCAAAACGUGUCAAAAAAAGGUCUAGUGAAUCUUUCAACGUAUGAUUUUGUUCAUAGCUGUAGUUCAGUACUGCAGAAUAUUUCAACAAAGAUAAAAAGUCGCUCAUCAACUGCAUAAGAAAACUUUCACUUAGUUCACUUCACCAGUUUAAACUGUCACCUUCAGAAGUGAAAUAGGCUCAAAUCUGUGGUAACCCAAUGUCAAGAUUAAAAUUGGGCAGUAGUGUCCAUUGCAACAGAAUCAAUAAAACAAAGUGACAUCACUAGAAAUAUAUGAUACGUGCAAUGCAUAACAAACAGUUAACUGUCAAAUCACAAAUCGUACAUAAUUGUGCAAUGAAAGUCAACCAAUAUACCAGCAAACUAUUAACUGUCAAAUCGCAAAUCGUCCUUAGUACAUGCAGUGAAAGUCAACCAAAAUAGAAUACUAUGUACGCUUUGAAAUUUGACAGUUAAUUGUUUGCUACUCAUUGCGCAUAUCAUAUAUUUUUAGCGAUGUCACUCUAUUUUAUUGAUUCUGUUGCAAAGAAAACUACUGUCCAAUUCUUAUUUUGAAGUUGGCAUAUCAGUGAUUUGAGCCUAUUCCACUUCUGAAGAUGACAGUUUAAAACUGUCAAAACUGGUAAAGUCAAACAAUGGAAAAUCCAGGGUGAAAUGUAACAAUAUUAGAGAAGGAAAGUUGGUACUCACCGUAUAGCAGAGAUGCUGAGUCACGAUAGGCACAACAAAAGGAUUCACACAAUUACAGCUUUCGGCCACGCGCGUGAGUGUGUGUGUGCAUGUGUGUCUAUUGUUGACAAAGGCCUUAUUGGCUGAAAGCUAUAAUUGUGUGAAUCUUUUUGUUGUGCCUAUGGCGACUCAACAUCUCCGCUAUAUGUUGAGUGGCAACUUCCCUUCCCUAAUAUUGAAACUAGUAAAGUGAAUCAAAUAAAGGUUUUCUUGUGCAGUUGGUGACUGACUUUUCAUCUUUGUUGACUUUUCAGCUUAUUGAGAUAUAUUCACUUGAAAUUACUCUGGAAAGUCACAUAGGUUAUUCUGUUAAGUAUGAUAAUUGCUUUAAUGACUUUGAUCACCCAAAUGUGUAACAUCAUGGUACAGAGGUUUCAUGUCUGCACUUAAUUGAAACUAAACUAAAUUGUGUAAUUUUUGAAAUGUUUUAUAUUGAUUAAAAAUUACACACAAUUUUUUAGGAAUUUUUAAAUCCCUGUUGAAUCCUUUUGUGGAAUACCAGUAUAAUUUUCAGGAGAAGAAAUACUUUGAAGUAAACUGCAGUGGGGUGAGUAUAAUGAAGCCAUUACAUUUUCCCAUAUUCUCUCGCAUUUUGUGCCGCCCCCCCCCCCCCCCUCUCCUAUCACUGUCAGCUUCAUGGUUUCAUCUGUUCUUAACUCAUUCCACACUCUUGUUUGUGGGUGUAAUAUAAAGAGCGUGAGAAAAUAAGGCAUGGGAGCUUCUAUUAGUCAAGUGAGUUCGGGGAGUGAGUGAAGCUUGUUGUGAAAACUUAAGCAAGGAAUGUAGCACAGUUGGAGAAGGAUUUCUCAUCACUGCAAAUAUGCUUUCUGUGGUGACACUGUGAGAGACUUUUUAUGUGGAAACGGUGCCAGAUAAAAGCUAUGAAAGUGGAUAUGUUCCUGGUCAGUUAUUUGCUAAAAAUAAACAGAUCAUUUUAUUGAACCAGCAGAGAAGUGAAAAAAAGGAAGAUAGGGUUUAACAUCUUGUCAGUAAUGUCAUUUGGUGGUAGAGCAUGUGACAAAGCAGGUGGAUUUUUUGCAUCGGUUAUGUUUUUCUAAUACCGAAAAUAACAAAAUUUUAUUUUGCUUGAAGAUUGUGCGACUUAUGAACUAUCAGUAAUUUCAAGAUUCAUUGUCGUGGUUUAUAUCUGUACUACUAACUAAAGAUUCUAUUCUAUUCUAUUUCUUUGAUGCUAUUACCAAAAAUCGCAAAGUAUUUCACCAAUUUACUUCAAAUUUUUAUAUAUUGCAUUAA